UCGCUGUACUCACAACAAUUUGAAUCCGCGCGAAUCGCAUUUGUUCCGCAAAAAAAUUGAAUUCGGCGAACAUUGCGUGUUACGCGUUCAAAUUAGGAUCGAAAAUUCCGCAGAAGCAAUUGAGAUUUUAAGUAAACAGUCAAUUGGCAUUUUUCUCGCUGUCACAUUUUAACGUUAUUUAUAUAGAAAAAAAAAAAUUAUUUAGAGUAAACUAGUUUAGAACAGCGAAUUCAGAAAAUAUGUCGCAUGCUUCUAUUUUAUUCACCGGGAAAUUUCGAAAGAGCAGUUUUACGUGUCGCGACCAAAGGAUUAAAGCUUCGCGUGAGCGUUGGACUAUAACGAUAUAAUUUGUGCCUUGUGAAAACAAACUUCGAGUUUCGAGUCCUUUCUUUUUUUAGAACGGAGGCGCGAAUUGACAAUUCGCACACGCUUAACGCUCCCGUACGCACGUUUUUGCGAGAAAGCGCUGAACGCGGGAGGAAAGAGAAAUCAAUUUCCCGUGCACAUUUCGCGUGUUUAAUUAAUUCUGCUGUGCGGACAGCAUAUCGCGAGAUAUCGGCAUUUCGUUCUUUGGCACGACAUGUCACGAUAGAAAUAAACUGCCGAGCACUAACUCGGACCCCCAGUCGCGCUCGAACGUUCGUUACGUGCAGCCAAUCAUAUGCUUAUCAACUCCAGGCGCGUUUAUCAGCGUCGUGUUUAGCGGCCGUCUACAAUACGCGCGGAGUAAGCUUGGCGUAAGAAGCAAGAGUAGGUCUAAGACUACGUACUUCCGGUGUAAAAGGGGGCUGGAGAAGGGCGUCAGCGGGAAUAAAUUAGUUUUAUUUCCUACUUCAACUCCAGCCUUUACGCUUCAUUUAUUGUAGACGGCCCUUUAAAUCUUCAACGGACGUCUUGUGCGAUCAGGCUUCGUCUCUACCGAAUGUUCCCGCUUAAAUUUCGCGAUUAAGUGCCCUGCCGACGUCAUAAAAGGCAGCCGGUUUUCAUCUCCGCGAGAUCCCACACAUUCUUAGAAGCUGACGCGCAUCGACACGUAAACUUGCGAAUCGCAAACAAACGCGGCUCUUCAAUAUAAUAGACGGCAAGUGAUACCUUUGGCUAGUAUGACGUUGACCGCCGCGAGAUCUGCAGCUGAUGCGCGAGAUGCUGCGGGAGCGAUCGACCGUUAGAUCGCGAUCAAUUUCGUUUUACGACACUUAAAGAGACCGACUUUCGAUUACGAACAUCGCAAUUGGCUCGACUUUAAUGGAACGUGCGUCACCUCGGUAAUUACAGAAUAUCUGCAUCUGUGAAUGAUCAAUAUAUUGAUGAGAGUACAAUCAAAAAAUGUGUUGAUGGCAGUGUUCAGCGGGCAAAGCAGGGCUUUGCAAUUGCAAGAUUCUUUAAUUGUUAUCAGAUCUCGAGGAAAAGCACUGUUCUUGCGGACGGAUAAUUCCACGACGCACCUGUGAACGAAUAACAAACAGUUCGACGAUGCCGGCGGCGAGUGACGACUAUCGAUACCAAUCGGUGGCAUUGAAUGAUCCGGAAUGCUCGCAUUUAUAAGAGAGCACGGCGCGGGUGUAUAUUGCAAAGUUGCACGACGAUAUUGACGACGGAUCAUCGAGAACGUGUUGUCGAAAGCGGCCGCACGUGACUGUUCUCUAUGACUACCAUUGGCCGAUCCGCGCGAUAGGCCACGUGCCGGUCGAUAGGCAUCCUCGCGAAUUCCUCGCCGUCCGAGGAAGUGGACGCCGCCGUUGACCAGUGUCAACUCAGUUUGGCCGAGUUUUGUCGUCGUGUUACCACGCGACUCUAUCGUUGCUCUCUCUUUCGCCUCGUCAUCUGGCGAGAGUGAUAAACGAACGGAAUGCUGAAACCGGAAAUGGAAGCCGCAAUUGCCAAUCUGCGACGGGGCACGAGUUUGAGGAUACCGUCCACUCCUGCCGAAGAGAGCGAGCUGGGCUUGCGUCGCAGCGGUUCCCUGAAGAUCCCACGUACGAGCGACGAGGAUCAGGCUGCACGGGAACGCCUCACGAGCACGAGAUCGUCGCCGUCGUCGACGCUGUUCUUGUCGACGUCGGCCUCCACGUCGUCCUCGGCCGCGUCGUCGUCGUCGUCGUCGGACAGAUGCGCCGGUGGCGGCGAGAACAACAGAUUGUUCCGGUCCGCCAGGCGAUACGUACCUGAGGCUGCGAGUGACGCACCUGCGCCCGAGUACCUCGCCAGGAGUCUUCUGCAACUUGGAUGUCCUGCCGUAUCGAUGCCCACACCUCGUGGCGGUGUGGGGUCGGAGCAAUCGCCGAGUAGCGACAGCGAUGACUAUACCAUCGCCAAUCAGCAGCAAGGUAAUGCGGGUGGUUACGGACAGAACCUGGACAGCUACACCGUGCCCAAAGUCCAGGUGUCGGGCCCACCGACUAACGCCGAUGAAUCCGCUUCCAUCAUCAAUGGGUCUGCGGGGUCCAUAGGCGCACGCUCGGCACCUAGCACACCCCUGCAAGCUGCCCCCGAUGCACCGCAGGCCGGGGGCCAACAAUCGAUCAGUGGCUCCCAACUCACCGUGGCAGGUGCCAGCUAUCCUCCACCUCCGAGGAGCCCCAGUCACGCGGCCUUGAGAUGUAACGACAGUCACCUUUCGAAGCCACUGAGUAGGAGUACACCAUCGAUGGCAGCUGGCGGCGCGCAAACUCCAGCAAAGGUUAGCAGAUCCUCGUCGAGGUCGUCGCCGACGUCUACCAGCAGCGCGAGACAGAAGAAGUUCCACAGGCACUUCAGUCAGUCUUCGAAAUUUCGCAAUCAGGUGGCAGAGGACGAGCGCGUGCUGAAUUACUACAGCUGCGCGCUGGUGGGUGACAUCCUGCUGCAGGGUCACUUGUACAUCACGCCCAAUUACUUCGCUUUCUAUAGCAACGUCUUCGGCUACGUGACGAAGCUGCUGAUACCGACGGUGUCGGUGCUGAAGAUCAGCAAGGAGAAGACGGCGAAAAUCAUACCGAACGCGGUGGCGGUCGCCACUGAAGAGGAACGCCACGUCUUCUGCUCGCUGCUCUCGCGCGACUCAACCUACAAGCUGAUGAAGCAGGUCUGGGACGCGGCGAUGGAGCCGCAAGCGACGGUGGACGCGUUACCGGUGCUCGACAAUGAUGACACCAAACUCCUCGUGCCGGACACGUUGCUGGUCGACGAUUCCGAGGUGAACGUCGAGGAGGACGAGUCGAGCAUGUCCGAGAGCGGUAUCAACCUCAUAGCCACCAGAUCGCCGACCGCCUGCACCGAGAUCGACGGCGUUCCCAUGGCCAUCACCAGGCCGAAUUUACCACCCGCCAGAUUGGAGACAGCAGUAUUAACAAAGGCACUUACACCGAGCAAAUCCGACAGGCUGGGAUCUCUUUUUACCAACGGUUUGAAGCCUGGAAUGGUGAUAGCGAUACUGGUAGCUCUCUUGGCAGUUCUUUACGUAUCGGCGGCUCUAAUGAUGAUGCGCAUUGACAGGCUGCACACCGCUUAUUUAAACCACCCCCUUGUCUCACCGGAACGCUUCACGCAGGAUCGUCUGUUGCACUAUCUUAACACAAAUCUGGAUCAAAUAGUAAAGGUGCGGCAGAGUCUGCAGACGCUAUCGCAACAGUUCGUGACGAUGAGCCAGGGGGAUAGCCAGACCGGGCCGGCUGGCAGCGUGGUAGAACCGGAAGACGCGCCGAGUUAGCCCUCGACAAUGGGACUCGGUUCAAUUCAGCCAAAAAACAGCACGAAGCUCCGUCGCGCCACCGGCGCACGUAGCAUUGUCUCGUGAACGACGACGUUAUCAUCGUCGCCGUCGUCGCCGUCGUCGUCGUCGUCGUUGUCGUCGUCGUCAUCAUUGUCUUCGUCGUCGCCGCGCGCUACUCGUCGGCGACUGGGAGGGUCGAUUCCAACGCGUAGUCAUCCGCGCGAUCGACUUUCCGAAUAGGAGUUAUUGUCGUUUUAGUACCUAGACUUUCGCGGGAGUAUAGAGAGGCAGCCGUCUCGUAAAACCCUCGGGUGCGUAUCCCGAGCGCGAAUAUCUUUCUCGAGCGAACUCUUCGAGCGCCCGCACGUACUGAAACCGAGGCGCUUGCAGAUUACAGGCUCCGUUUUGACAGAAACAUAUGCGUAAAAAUACCUCAGACAUUAUAAACAUAUAUAUAUACACACAAGUACACAAGCACACGGAAAGCAAUGGUAUGAAUGCAAGUGCGCGGCGGGCAAAGGGGUUUCCGCUCUUUCCUUUUUUUUUCUUCUUUUUGAACUAGUCACGCGUGUACCUAAGUCCCGGGGUACCGACAAAAGAAACAGAAUGAACAAAAAUACGGUAUAUGUAUAUAUACAUAUAGUAUAUAUGUAUACAGUUAUAUACAAUAAAAUAUCUAUACAUACAGAUAUAGAUUAACAACGCAUAUUUCGCGAUUACUUGUUCGUUAAUUAUGUAUUUCGAGCUAGUCGGGCACUACUCUAUCACCGCUGCUAUAUAUAUAAAUAUAUGAAAUAUAUUAAAAAGAUCAACACUAUAUUAUAUAGCAUCACAAUUGGGUAAUCUUAUCUCGAUGUAGCGCGCAAUACACAUGCGCCGGGCGAUGAUACUUCAUCGUGACGAUGAAGUAUCUUAUCCGAGAUAUAAUAGAGGAGUUCGCUUUCCUUAUCCGCCAUUAGCUCUUUCAGUACCUGCCUUAAACCUGCAUUUAAUAAUGAUAUAAAAAUUUAAUAAAAGUAUGCCACGACUUAUUCCUUGCCCCCCUCCCCCGGCCACGUUCUCGUCGUCUCACGAAUCUCGAUGAGACUGUAGGGUUUAAUUUUUUCCGCUAUCAUUGAACAAAAUUUCGCUAUUGGUGGAGACAAUUCGUGACGUUAUACGUUAAGCAGCAAAACUACGAAUAUGUAAUUAAAUAUUAAUUGAAGAAAAGGGUGAUACGACUUCUCUAAAGUUUGAAGAACGAUGGCCGGAUUUAAAAAAAAAAAAAAAUGUACAUGUGGAUUCUCCUCUGUUAUUGCAAAAUAGAUUCUUCAAUUAGCAAAGUUUUCGGUUUCUUAAAAACUUUUCUAAUUGAAGAAAAAUGUGACCUUCGUAGUUAUUUGUUGAUAAUUUUAAUGUGACAUCAUUUAAGUGAUUCUCGAUGUCUUUACAGACCGUAGCGUAUAAAUUAAACUAUAAUGCAUUACUGAUAGAAAAAGGGUUUUUGACAAAUUUAAACGAGAGUUAAACAGGACGAAGAACUCUUGCCUAAAUAAAUAGCGUUUGCAUAUUUGUAUCCCGCGACGAGCGUAAGGGAAUAUUUACUUAAUGACAGUUAAUGUUAAGCGAACACACACUGAUGAACGCCGGCUGUAAAAUUGCAUUGAAUUAACCAGUGGAAGGUGCUAACGUCCCUUUAUUUAGUUCGGUACUGAAAGGGUUAAAUUGCGCAGCUCGGAUGGAACCGGAGAUACGAGAGAAAGAGAUAGGGAGUGAGAGAAAGAGAAUUCGCAUUCUCUUGCGCGUGACUGUUCCUACUACAUGCUCUCGAUUGUUUCUGGAAGUAACGACGAUGUAUGUCUUCUGGAUUCGAUCACGCGAGUCGUCUGUGUCGAAAGUGAUUCUAUUUUGAAGUUUUAAGAAUCAUCUAACGAUAUUGAUUUGGUGCGUUUUACUUAAUUCAUUUACGUAUUAUUAACUAAUAGUUGUUACUUUAAUUGAUAUUGAUAAAAUAUAUUUGACUGAAUUAAUUUUAACUUUAUUUAUUUGUUUUAGUGAUUUUAUUGUUAAUACUCGUAUAUAACGCCUUAGAUCUGAAAAACAUACAAUGAAAACUAUAUCAUUAGAUAUUUUUAAAUUAAUUUUGUAAUUAUUUAUUCGAAAUCUUCUUUUUUGGAGAAAAUCAUAUUUUAAAAAUUAUUUUAAGUCGAGGCGAAUUUUUAUUUUGUAAAAUAUAUUAAUAAGAAAAUUAUGUUUAUUAAAGUUCUUCGGCAUGUAUCAAUUUGAUUAAAUUCUGAGUAGAGGUGCAGGUAUAAAUAAAUUCAAUUUUUGCACUUUUCAGAGCUCACCUCUCGCUACACUUUCGAGAUAAACGGCUCGCGCGCUGAAAGUGCUCGCGAAAUAUUUCAUUUACUCGAACAAUUUCCGAAAUCGUUGCACUUUCCGAAUGGGACGAGGAAUGUUCAAAGAAAAAAAAGAAGCGUUAUUAUAUUUGCGGUUAUAAUAUGGGAGAUGAGAGGGUGAAGGUUGACUGUGAUAAUAGGAUCGUGAAUGCGCGCUCGCGGAGGUACGACCGCGCUUAUCUCUUCAUUGCAUAAAUCUUUGUUUCCGCGAAACAAGAGAGGACCGUUAUCUUUAAGGAAAAAAAGAGUAAAUAUACAGGAAAUGCGAUUUGUAAUAUACGCGACGCAGUCAGUUUUUGUUUUUCUUUCUUUUUAAGAAGAGGGAAAGCAAUUGAUAAGCGCGAUCGUUCUUCGAGUUCAAUAUUGGAAUCUAAGAGAAGUGCUGUUAUAUUAAUUAGCUAUAUUUAUAAGAAUGUAAAGAGAGAGAAAAAGAGGAAAAUCCCUUAAAUGUUGUUUUCUACGUUGGCACAUUAUUUAAUAAUUAAUUAUAUUGAUGGGAUAUACAGACGGUAUUACUUUAAGUUUUUUUUUUUUUUUUAUUGAACCAUUACUGUUACAUUUCUAUUAUCGAUUGACAACGUUAUUAUACUCGCGCAAGAAACGAGGCGAGUUAACACACGACAACACAAGCGAACACGACCGAGUUGAAAACUUGUUUAUUCCCUUCUGAUUUCCUCUCGAAAAAAAAAUCAUGACAACGUGGGACGGAACGAGAAGUAUUCGCGUGUCCGAACAAGAAAUGGCCCCGAUUUAGCGCGCGACGAAUAAUUUCGAGUCGACGCGAGAAAUGUACGCGAAAUAGUUUGGGCGUAAAUAAAAACGUAUCGACCGGCCACGUGUCGUUAUUUAACGACUCAUUAAAAGGCGGAAGCGUUUCCGACACAGAGAACGCGAGCACACGCACGAGAAGCAGACUUGUAAAUUGUUUUGCCAGAAAAAAACCUUCAAACUGGGAUUUUGCAAGCCCUAUCUGUUGUACAUUGUCACACGUGACGAACCCUUGGAUUUUACAAACACGAUCUUUCGAUCCACGUAGCAUACGCGGAGAGAUCAAUUUUAAGACUCGUUUUGCCAUCCGAGAUAAGGAUAAUAAAAUAGAAUUGAUUAGCCGUUUCCAAUGUCUCGGUAAGAAUUGAACUGUCUGUGCAAAAAGAAGAAGGAUUAAAACGAAUCAGCAGCAAUAUUUGCAAUCUACAAAUUUAAAUUUUAUUUCUUCUACAUUAGAAAUUUAAUUUUAAAAAUUAUAUCUCUGUUGGCUGUUUAUAAUUUAGCUAAUUAUCGCUGAAAUGAGAUUGGUUUCUUUUAAACAUAGAUAAUUCAAUAAUAUAAAAAUAUAUUUAAAAACAUUUUUUUUUAAUUUAACAUUACUAAAUAGAAAUAGAAAAAAUGAAUAUUGAAUUAAAGAUUGUUAAUCAUGUUUUGAAAAGUUUAAUAGACAAAUAGCGUAAUGUUUGAACGUUUAAACAUGUAACAAAAUAAGAGGAAAAUAAGAUUUUUAUUAUUCUUAUCGUAUUUUUUAUCGAUUUCUUUUGGUCAUAAAUUAAAUCUGAGCAAUUUCAUGUAGGAAAUCAAUAUUAAUCGGUUAUGAGAGAAAUUAGGAAAGAUAAUUUGCGAGACAUUUUGCGUGGAUCGUAGCCAAUAAACGCGACAGCCAAGUCCUGUGCCAAAUUUGGUAAAAAUUGAGCGAAAUAUUCUUAACGAAUACACGCUUGUUCCUGUCGAAUGUCGUGCGCUCGUACAGCUUUUCCGUCACAUUAGGGAGUCGAUGUUAAAAAACUUGUUACCUAGAGGAAAGUUAUGCCGAAUUAUAUAGAAAAUCGUUUCAUACAACGAAGCGACAUUACAAAGUUAUCGGUCAUCGAUUAGUGAUCAUUCAUAGAAAAUUGAAGUUUCAACGAAACAAUUAUCUAUUAUAUAAUUAUAUAUUAAUAAUUAAUAUAAUAAUUAUAUCAAUUAUUUAUAUUAAUAAUUAUUUCUAAUUAUAGUUAUAAUUAAUAAUAAUAAUUGUUUCCCGAUAAUUUUUAAUUGACAAGAUUAAUGUAUUAAUAUUAGCAGACAUAGAUUUCCUAAAUAAAAAAAAAAAUCAAUAAAAAUUCCUUCUUAUAGGAAAUUUAUUCUGUUAAAUAGUGAAUCGGAUUUAAUUUGAAAAGAUGGACAUAUUAUUUUCCAGAUUUCCUUCAAUUUAUUUCUUAGAUCCUUUAUAUUAUAUGUAUAAAAUACAAAUAUUAUACAUAUAUAUAAUAUUAUGUAACUAAAAAUAUUUAUUAUAUAUUAAAUAUACAUAUUAAAUAUUUUUUUAUUCGGGACUUCGUCAGUUUUUUUGUGAGUGAUCGCAGAUCAAUGAUCACCGUAUGAAUCGGCGGCAAGAAGGGCAUUUUUCCCGCGUAAAGGACGCAACCCCUAGAGACCGCGGUGAAGCGUGAGAGAAAUGAUUGAGACAACAAAAAUGCGAAGCACACAAGACGAUGAAUCCCCGAUCCGGAAAUUAUCCGAAACGGAUGUUGCGUUAGUUAAUUGUAUUACGUAGUCGAUAGUACCUAUUCCUCGUUCUUGUUUACAUAUGACUGCUACUUGCCUUACCGUAAUGUUUUUAGACAUUUUAGAUGGGUGCUCAAUACACACGGUCCGUUUAUUUAAGGAUAUAUACGAGUGUGUAUGUGCUGCAAGAUUGAUGUCGGACGUGUAUGUAUGUACACUUUGCGUAUCGCCGAGCAUGAUUAAAGGUCUCGACAUACACUUGACUGGACAGUUGAGAUAAGAGUUUUCCAAUUCUAAGCAGCUAUACUAUGAGGACAGCUAAAGUAAAGAUCCAUACGUGUAAUAUAAUAUAAUAUAAUUUGCAUCCUCAAAAUUUAUAAUUUAUAAUUUCCUAUAAACUUAUCAAGUUUUCUCAAGCAUACUUGCUUUUUUAUCAUUUUUAUAAAACUGAUAUUAAAAUAAAUAUUAAAUUUGUUUUAAUAAAAUUUAAAACGGAUAUUAAAAACAAUUUUUUACUUUGGUGUAUAAGUUUCCAAUGUAUUUAUCUUUUACGUUGAUAUACAUUUUAUUCUGAAACAGAAAGAGUAUAGAAAUAAAAUAAAAAGUUUUUAAACAUUUUUUUAAUUUCUUUGCAAAAUUUAAUUGCAAAAGAUAUCUACUGGGCGAGAGGUCUUUGAACGCGAUACGCAAAGUGCACGAUAAUUGGAGGGAAUAUUUGUUAACGAUGAAAUUGUGCGAUUGCAGAAAGGGGAAGAGAUUCGUGCCCGCAAUUAUCGGAUCUCGCAAUUAUUGCGCGCACGCGAGAAGUCGCGUGGCGAGAGGGAAUCCAAAAACAACUACAGACCAAUAAUUUACUACGUAAUUUGUGUAGCUCGAUACACAGGACGCAAAUAAAUUUGUGAAAACAA